AUGUUUACCACUAAGAAUCUUUUCUCGCAAACGAAAUGUCCGAAUCGGGACAAAUGCUUGAUUCCAAGAUGUAUAUUCUCACAUGAUCAUCCCACCGUUCAAACAGUAUCAAACGGAACGGCUUGGCUAAAAACUACUGAGCAAGCCGAUGAGGAUGAUGGAGAUCAAAAUGGGCAACGGAAGCGUCAAAGAGUUGGUUAUGGAGAAAGAAGUACAACACCAACCACUGUGCCAACGCCUUCAUUGGCGAGAUUAAAUCCGGUCAUCAACACACAGAGAGUGGUUGAGAGUGAACCCCCUCCAAUACAGACAUCUAAAUCGACACCAGUAGCUCGACGUGAGAUUUCGCCGCCACCAUUGCGUCGCAAGUCUCAAAAUGGUACAUCUAUACCAUCUACACCUGCCGGUCCCAACAAGGCACUCCAAAGGCCAAUCGCAUCAGGCACACCAAAAGUCCAAAAUGUGGUAUCAACUCCGGCCAAAAAGCCCGAGAGAAAAGAACCUCUUAAUCCACGUGCACGUAAAACUGCACCAGCUGUUCAUAACAUCCGGCUUAGACUCGUGCAAGCGCUACAUGACCAAUUGAAACGUCUCAACGCCGAGUUAUCCAAAGAUGCAAACGAUGAAGAGGAGGAACUUGUGUUUUCAGAUCAAGCAUUGAUCACAAGGGUACUAGAUUUGGAGGAGGCUGCUUGUGAAACACCUUCCAUCUAUUCCAAUGUUGUUAAGAAUAAGAUAAUGGUCUACAAGAGAAUGUCAAUUGCGCAAUGGAAAGAAGAGAGAACCAAAGCGAUUGCCAAGGAAAAAGCUUUAAGAGCACCUGUUUCAGACACGCCAACCACAAAACCCGAUGGACCACCAAAACCCAUCGAGACAGGUCUAACUCCAGAAGAAGAAUUGGCCAUACUUCCAAGGUUGUAUACUUCCAUACACGAGCUAUCGCAACACGGAUACGUCACAACUAUCCCCACUUCUGCAGAAAUUGAGAAGGCGAAGAGCGGCAUAGAAGCAUCAAGAGGGUGGGAAGUAUGUGAUCGCUGCAAAACUCGCUUCCAAGUAUUCCCUGGUCGCCGUGAAGAAGACGGCAAACUCGCAUCUGGUGGUUGCUGCACCUACCACUUCGGAAAGCCCUAUUGGAAAGAUCGGUCCUCCCUCGACCCCAAAGCCAAACGCGAGAAGAAAUGGCGCUGCUGUGAUCAAAAUAUCGGAGACACUUCCGGGUGUACCACAGCUGAACAUCAUGUCUUUAAAGUCAGCGAAGUCAAGCGCUUAGCCGCUGUGUUGAACUUCGAAAAGACCCCCGAAAAUAAGGCAGAUCCCCCUAUUUCAACCCAACCCGUCUGCAUCGAUUGCGAAAUGGGCUACACAGUUCAUGGACUCGAACUCGUCCGCUUAACCGCGACCUCUUGGCCCUCGGGCUCCCCUCUUCUUGAUAUUCUUGUCCGUCCCUACGGCGAAAUCCUCGAUCUCAAUUCGCGCUACAGCGGCGUUUACCCUCUUGAUAUCACUUCCGCCAUCCCCUAUAACUUCCCCGCCUCUGAUCUCGUCGCCCAAAGUAAAGGAAAACCAAGAAUCGUAGAUUCCCCUGCUAUAGCCCGAACCCUUCUCUUCUCCUUCCUCACCCCCUCUACCCCCAUAAUCGGUCACGGUCUCGAAAAUGAUUUCAACGCAACUCGAUUCAUUCAUCCGACGAUCAUAGACACUGCAUUAUUAUUCCCACAUAAAGCAGGACUUCCAUAUAGAAAUGGACUUAAAAUGCUCAUGCAAACGAUCCUUAAUCGGCAUAUUCAAAUGGUUACAUUUACGGAUGGGAAAGCAGACGGGCAUGAUAGUAAAGAAGAUGCGAAUGCAGCAGGGGAUUUAGUUAGAUAUCAGGUGGGAAGGGAGUGGGGGAGGAUGCAGAGGGCGGGAUGGAUCUUGAAGGGUGGGGUUUUCAUACCACCUGUUAACGUGGAUGGGAAGGGGGGAGAUAAGGGGGAGGAGACUGAGAAGGUGGGAGAGAUAGUGAAAGAAGAGAGCAUUGUAGUUGGGAGUGGGCUUAAAAGGAAUAGAGCUGAUAUGGAGAGAUGA